CAGAGGCGGGAGGACCGAGAGGGAGGAGGCUGCGUUCGCAGCCAGCCAUGCUGAAUCACUGUUGCUGAGCGCAUCUCCCGCGGCUGGCCCCCAGCGCAGAGGGCGCACCCGGCUGGGCCUCGCCUCAUGGAGGGUGAGAGCAUCAAGCUGAGCUCCCAGCCCCCGGUUCAGGCCGGGGAUGAUGAAAAGAACCAGAGGACGAUCACUGUCAACUCUGCCCACAUGGGGAAGGCGUUCAAGGUUAUGAAUGAACUGCGGAGUAAACAGCUGUUAUGUGAUGUGAUGAUUGUGGCCGAAGAUGUCGAGAUAGAAGCCCAUCGUGUGGUCCUGGCAGCCUGCAGCCCCUACUUCUGUGCGAUGUUCACAGGUGACAUGUCCGAGAGUAAAGCCAAGAAGAUUGAAAUCAAGGAUGUGGAUGGGAGGACGCUGAAUAAGCUGAUUGACUACAUCUAUACGGCAGAGAUUGAGGUGACCGAGGAGAACGUCCAGGUGCUGCUACCGGCAGCCAGCCUGCUGCAGCUCAUGGAUGUUCGGCAGAACUGCUGUGACUUUCUGCAGUCUCAGUUGCAUCCCACCAAUUGCUUGGGCAUCCGCGCAUUUGCAGAUGUGCACACCUGCACCGACCUUCUUCAGCAGGCCAAUGCUUAUGCAGAGCAGCACUUUCCAGAGGUGAUGCUGGGGGAAGAAUUUCUUAGCCUAAGUCUGGACCAGGUGUGCAGCUUGAUAUCCAGUGACAAGCUGACCGUUUCUUCAGAGGAAAAGGUAUUUGAAGCUGUGAUUUCAUGGAUCAAUUAUGAGAAAGAAACCCGUUUAGAACACAUGGCAAAACUGAUGGAACAUGUCCGUCUCCCUCUCUUACCUAGGGAUUACCUGGUCCAGACAGUUGAAGAAGAAGCUUUGAUAAAGAAUAACAACACCUGUAAGGACUUCCUCAUCGAGGCCAUGAAAUACCAUCUGCUCCCUCUGGAUCAGAGGCUCUUGAUUAAGAACCCAAGGACUAAGCCCAGGACUCCAGUUAGCCUGCCCAAGGUCAUGAUUGUGGUUGGUGGCCAGGCCCCCAAGGCGAUCCGCAGCGUGGAAUGUUAUGAUUUCGAAGAGGACCGGUGGGACCAGAUUGCUGAGCUUCCCUCCAGGAGAUGCAGAGCAGGUGUGGUGUUCAUGGCUGGUCACGUGUAUGCUGUGGGCGGGUUUAACGGCUCACUGCGCGUGCGGACAGUGGACGUAUAUGAUGGUGUGAAGGACCAGUGGACGUCCAUCGCCAGCAUGCAGGAGCGCCGGAGCACUCUGGGUGCGGCCGUGCUCAAUGACCUCCUCUACGCCGUGGGGGGCUUUGAUGGCAGUACUGGCCUAGCAUCCGUGGAAGCCUACAGCUACAAGACCAAUGAGUGGUUCUUCGUGGCUCCAAUGAACACACGGCGGAGCAGCGUGGGUGUGGGCGUUGUGGAGGGUACAGCUCUCCACGUUUCACGGUGCUCUCCUCCCUCUCCCUGUCUCCUACUGUGGCUGCCUGGUCUGAAUGACACCGGGGUUGCCCUUGGGAGCUUCUCCUCUCCUCCACAUCCCAAGCCUUCCUCUUUCCCAAGUGACUUAGGCUUUGGGAAGCUAUAUGCUGUCGGGGGUUAUGAUGGGGCUUCCCGCCAGUGCCUGAGCACCGUGGAGCAGUACAACCCAGCAACCAAUGAGUGGACGUAUGUGGCAGACAUGAGCACUCGCCGUAGUGGCGCAGGGGUCGGGGUGCUCAGUGGACAGCUGUAUGCCACCGGCGGGCAUGACGGGCCCCUGGUGAGGAAGAGUGUUGAAGUUUACGAUCCUGGAACAAACACCUGGAAGCAGGUGGCAGACAUGAACAUGUGCCGGCGUAAUGCAGGCGUCUGUGCGGUGAACGGGCUCCUGUAUGUGGUCGGAGGGGAUGAUGGAUCCUGCAACUUGGCCUCGGUAGAGUACUACAAUCCUGUCACCGACAAAUGGACACUGCUGCCAACCAACAUGAGCACGGGGCGGAGCUAUGCAGGUGUUGCUGUGAUUCACAAGCCCUUGUGAUCCCCACUCCCACUGCCAGGAGGUGGAGGAGGGGUGGGGUGCUGCAUGUGACUCAGAACAGUGGCACCAUGACUGCUGGGUGCCACUCACUGUGAGAAACAGCAGUGGAGUCAGAAGUGCCCUCCUCCGAUGUGGCAAAGUGGUGUCUGGCCUGAAGACUGGUGACCUGUCUCCUGCUCCCCUGAAGCAUUCAGGCCUCCUCCCAGAGCAGUGGGUUCCUGAUAGCUCGAGGCAGCACCUUUGGGCUUUACUGUGUGUUUCUAUGGGAACACCUGAGAAACCUGUGUGUGUGUGUGUGUGUGUGUGUAGAACAUGGUGUUCCACUAGGUUGGGGGAUGUGUGACAAUCUACUGGAUUUCUUUACUACUGAUCCUUCUGUGCUAGAAAUCAAAUCACAGAAACCUCUCUUCUGGAUUUACCCCAUGGGAACCCUGAGAUUACUAAAGCUGCUGUCUUCUGGAGGUCUGGUUGAACAGGCCAGGAAUGUCCAGAAAUGACUGGUGACAGGGGCAUUGCUUUGACCAUGCCUAUAGACUGGCUUUGACUACUGGCACUGUCUGCAGAAGAGCUGGGCAUUAUUGAAUCUGCACUGUGUCUUCUGUGUGCUAGAACUGGGAACAAAUGGGUUCCUUAGCCCCUCCCAAUGGGUGCUCUUCUUUGGGCUCUCUUCCAGGAAGUAAAUGAGAACCGUCUAGUCCUUGAUGUUUGGGAUGCUUCUGUGUCUCUUCAAUUGGAAAAACUAGCUCUUUGGAGAAGCCCCGAGUAUGACACUGGAGAAAAAAAAUAUGUACACAUGAAAGACAAAAACAAAACAACAAACCAAAGUGGUAAGGCAGUUCCUGCCUCAAAUGGUCUCAGAGAGGAUCCUACUUCUGAGUUUUGUUGGGAUAGACAGUGCCCAUUUAUACUUAUUACCCAGGCUUAAUUAUUCACAGCAUCCUGUUUUACUCUCAAAAGUGUUCUUGGUUUGGAGGAUAAGUAAAAGGUCACCCUACCUCCAAACCCAAAGAUAGUUUUGCCCCUGCCUUGGGGUCGUAUGUGAUCUAGAUGGACAUGGAUGACUUCAAAGGAGUACACCAGCUGGGGCUGACCCUCAGCAUUUGAUGGCGAUGGUCAGAUCUGUCUGAGGUCCUCGUCUUCCUUUCCUUGUAUUCUCUCUCCCCUUGUUCCAGGGCCUGCCUCCUCUCUCCAGCCCUCAUAAUAUUUCCUUCCUCCUUGUUUUUCCUGAGAGAGAGAAGGUGGUAAAUACCCUGAAUGUGUGAUCUCUUUCAGGGUUACCUGCAUUUUAAAAGGAGCUUGGUGAAAGCUUUGCUAAUUCACAGGCAAAAAUUAUUAGUGACAGAACUUCAAGCAUUUGGGGGUGGGUGGGUAUUUGAGGACACAUGGAAUCAAUUUUCAUUUAAAAAAAAAAGAUGUGAAACUGUUCCUCAAAUUGCAAAUCACUUAUGUUGGAAUUUGUGGCAUAAGAAGGAAAGGUCUUGUGUCUGGAGAAUAGUGUCGCAUUGUCGGGGCUGGGGAUUAAUGCUCCCUGGUGUGGUGGUCCAUUUACAGGAGUCAAGGGGCUUUGUGGAACCUGAUAAGGGACUUCUGGUAUCACUGGGCUACUUCCAAGCAGAUAAUAAAGGAGACUGGCACCCUCCCAGCUCACUCUGGCAGGAAUAAAGCCAGUAGCCUCCCUAGUAGUUGGCUGCUUUGUGUAUUUAAUGCAUAUUUUUGAGCACUAAACACUCAACUCUCUUGAUGAAGAAAACGUCUUCUGAUGUUGAGCAGAUAUUUCAGUGAGACGUUUGGAGGGCAGCACUGAGGCAUCUGGAAUUUUUAGCGGCUUCGGAAAGAGGCUAAAAUAUCCAGCUUUGUUGGACAUGGAGGAAAUAUUUCCAGGGGAAUCAAGGCAUGCCUUCAGUUAGGUGCUGGCCACUGGAGAUGACAGUGGUUUCAGAGCUCUGCCUUGGCUUGGAAGCUGAUGGAAUGAGCUUCUUGUUGCCAGUGUUCUUCCUCUCGGCCUGAGGAAGGUUUGGGGCUUCCUUUUGGUUUCUGGUGGGGAUGAGGCUGGGGGUUGGGGUCCCAUGUGUGUUGUUCACACAGCUUCUGAUUUGAGAUUAAAGGUGAACUUCCCACCCCCUCUCCGAGCACCUGGGAGCUGAAAUUUCAUGCAUAUGUGGGAGAGGUUCUUGUUUUUCAUCUGCCUAGAGUGGGUCCCUUCCCUCAGAGCUCACCAGCCGUAUUUUCUGCGUUUGGAGUUUUGCUAUUGAUUCCACGUCACAGCUCCCCAGGAAGCACUGCCCAUUUGCCAAUAGUCCUGCUGAGGCCACAUUCAUUUCAUCCUCAUGCGUCCUUUCUCAUGGGGACUCUGACACUGGUAUGUCACCACCAAAAAGCCAUUGGGCUCUAGCCGCCCACAGAUGCCAUUUAAAACCUGCUGUCUCACUAUCACUAGGUACGAUUCUCUCUCCACAGUGAACACAACUGACUUGAUUUCAAGUCUGUGCUGGUCACAUGGUAGGUGAACCCCUUGCCGCGCCCCCCCAUCUGGGUGGCCACAGCUGCUUGUGAAUGCAGCUUUGCGGAUGGCAUAUCUGAAAGCCGAUCACAGUGAUGAGAUGGAAUUGCAGUCCAAGGUUAGAAGCCGCUUAGAUGCUGCUUGGAUACUGAUUUGGACAACACAGAAGUCAGACUCUGAAUUCCAAAGUCACUUCUAAGUACUUAAUGGCAUCUCUCCUAAAAAGUUGCAGUAUUAUGCAAAUGAAGCUGACCUCAUUUUCUGCUAUGCAGUAAGAACACUUAAUUCUCUUUAAUGACAAAUGAGUUGCAAUAUCCCCUAGCAUGCUUUUCGAGCUGUGUUACUUUGAUAUCUGUUGUGUAAUGUUUGUAUAUUCCUGAGCCAGAUCCUUUCAAAGAUUGCCUUUUUAUAAAACUGAAGCUAUAGCUUUCAGGCUAAACUUUUAAUGUAGAUAUUUUUAUAAGAUAAUUUUUUAGGAUAUUUGAAUUGAUUUUUAUUAUCCAUGAUAAUGAAAAGUUCUGUUCCAUAAGUCAUUCACUCUUAUAGGUCAUGCCUGUAACUAUUUUCCCUUUGCUUGUCACCCUCCAAAAACAGAUUUUUCAGUAGUUCUGGGUAGAUGAGUCUUUUUUACUUUGAGUCCUCUUUCUCAUACUGGAAAGAGGGAGAUUGCUGGAAAACACAAUCACUGGUGUCUCUAGAAUUGCUUAGGGACUAAUGUUUAGCCUGACUCAGCAAUUACCCUGUACUGCCUGGCCACUGUUUUGGAGUCCGUUCCUUGCAGGAGUGAAGCUGGUUGACCCAUCUCCUGGUGUCUCUCACUGCCUGGUGCUGAGCAGCCUGGCAUGCUGUAGCAUGGAGAUGCUCCAGAGAAAGUCUGCCCUCCAGUGUAUACUCCCAGGAGUUUCCUAGGUCUAGUAAACUAGUCCUCAUUCUUUUCUGUCCCGUUGUUCUUCUGAAGCUUCCACCAGCUAAAGGCUGGAUGAUGUCCCUUUUGGAAGCAUCUUGUCUAUAAACUUUAAAAGAGGGGUCACUCCUCAUGAUCAUUAAGAAUGUGUUAAGCAUGUCCUUUACAGAUGCUUAUACUAUACCUAAAACUUACUUGUUUCUUGAGCUUUAUCUAUAUACUCCAGGCUCUAUUUUAUGUAUUUUUCUGCCAUUAGCCUCAUUGAAAAAAUCUUUUAUUUUUAUUUUUGGGACAGGUGCCAUUUGAAUUGCCUCCAUGCUCCCCAUUUGCACCUUUUUGGAUCAGGUUGGGAGAUUGAACAAACUCCUAUUCCAGUUAGCUGGAGUUUUUAAGGUUUUGUUUUCCCGGAGAAGCAAGGAGGUUGGAUUUUUUUUUUAAGUGUUUGCACUAUUUAGAGUCCUAAGCCCCUCGUGUUAAGCUGUGCUGUGUGUGCUGUGUGACCAAGCAGCAGCACUUUUGACAUUUGGGAAUGGAAGAGACUUCUAUAGUGGAUAAUCACAACUUCAGAGCCCCUACACAGCCUUUGUCAUGGGGCUAAGUGUCUCAUGGAUAUGGCAUGAGCCAAGGGAGGAAUGCUUGUAACUGUGGCAUUUGGAGAAACAAAUUAUGUUCUUGCCUUGGGUUAUGAGUUUGAAAAUUAUUUCCCCCUCUUUCUCAGUGGCAUAAAAGGGCCCUUGUUCGACUUCUUAUUUAAUUUGUGUAUGAUGUAUAAAAUACUUUGAAAGAAGACUCAAGACGCUGAAUGUGUAUGUUUGUGUGGGUGCUCUGUCCAUGUGGUUGUCCGUAGGCAACCAGACUUGAUCACUGAUGCCCUGUUAACACACUGCAUCGGUAAGGUCCUUGAUCUGCUCUUCUCUGCUUGGAUGUUAGAGCCCAUCUGUCUUGUAAAAGAACACUUGUCAUAUCCUCCAUCAGUUACAGUGGUAGCUGAAGAAACCAUUCCUCAAAUGUAUUAUUUCAAUAGGAAUCAAGUUUUAGUUUCCCAUACUUCGUGUUAAUUUUAAUAAAAGCUGAACUGUGAAAACCUU